AUGGCCGACGAAGGACUAAACAUCUACGACGAAAUCGAAAUCGAGGAUAUGACCUUCGAUCCAAACCUCCAGAUCUACACUUAUCCAUGCCCGUGUGGCGAUCGCUUCGAGAUUGCUAUUGAUGAUUUGAGGGAUGGGGAGGAUAUUGGUGUUUGUCCUUCUUGUAGCCUGAUGAUUCGGGUUAUCUUUGACGAGGCCGAUCUUCCUAAAGCUUCGUGA